AUGCCUGCAUCAUUCCAGCAGAGCGCGUCGAGUCUCCAGCCAGUCCACCUGCUGCGUGCCCUUCUUCGCGAGGCUUCCUAUCUGCCCGAUGCGACAGCCCGCAGCUACUUUCGCCGGUACAUUGUCAAUCGAUACAAAGCCUACCAGCCCAAGCAGAAUGCAACUGCUUCCUUCGAUGUCCAGGCGGUGGACAAGUACAGGCACAGGAGCUUCAAGAGGCGGCAGAUAGCUAUCAUUAACGAGCGCACACGACCACUACUGAGGAAGGGGCAGAAGGGCCUGAAUUUCCUGCGCCGGGCCAACCAGGGCGAAAUACCAUGUCUGCAGAAGGUCCUAUUCUUUACCUAUGGUCGCAUGGGAAGGCGGAAGUAUGCCUUGCUGGAGGACAUAUUGAAGCCUGACCCCAUCACAGACGGCGGUGCUCUCGCAGCGACCGACGAAGUAGGCCCGGCUCCGUUGCAGAAGCUCUACUACAGCAACAAGCGCUACCUGCAGUACUUCGAUGCGCCAAAAGUCGCCACCAAGACGCAUCACACCAUCAACAUCUCCAACCGCUACUCCCGGUUGCGCGCCGUCCUCAGGACGCAGCACCAGAAGGGUAUCUCCAUUCACCGAGAGCUCAAGAGUCCAGCCAUGAAGACGCCUAUCAAUAAUAUGUGGGAGCGGCCUAUGCCUAUCAAGCGCGCGCGCAAUAACGUUCGAAGGUGGUAUGCCGAGACCAUGACGAGAAUGCUCCCUCCACUGCCCACUGAAGAAUGGGACAAUAUACGUGCCAUGAUGGUUGGCGACCGAAAGAUUGGCUUGGUCAAACGCAGAGGACCCGGUUCGGUUUUGAAUGCUGAUUCUGUCACAGAAGACAAACUUUUCGCUAGCACGGUAGAAGAGGCCAUUGCAUUGGACAAGCCCAGCAGGGCGGACAAACCCGCAGGCAUGCAGCGACCGCAUGCCAUUACCCCCAAAUUUAUGCAACGCAUGUACACCAAGCUUCUCGUGCUCUGCUGCAAGGUCGAAUGGGAUGACGAGCAGAAGCGAUGGAAGGCUAUCUGGGGUGAACCUAUGAAGACCAUCAAACCCAGCCUGUACAACGCCCCCACGGAUGAAAUACUCUUUGCGGGUGUUGAUGCGACAGGUAAAAUGCCAAAGACGCCCAAGAAGCAUGCGCUGGACAGAUCGCUACAUAUACAGCCACGGAACUCUGAGGGCGAAUAUAUGCGAUUCCCCUUCUUCGCCGAAUAUCUCCCUGAAAGUAACCCAACACGUAAGGAACUAGAGGAGUGGAAGAGGAAGCGUGCUGUUGCUGCUGCACGAGCAGAGAAGCAGAAGGCGUCAUAG